AUGACCACCCAAGAUGAUGCACAAGGAAAGAUUGAAGGAUGGGACACAUUCAAACACAAAUUCGACUCCCAGCCCAAGCUUGUAAAGAACAUCACCUUGUUUAAUGAUGCUAAAGAACUGAAAAAGAGUGUCGCCUGCGAUUUGGUGAACAAAGAAGCCAAUCCCGAGCUAGAAAGGGUUGCAUACGUUAGACAAGGAAAUGAGUUGAGUGAAGAGGAGAUAAAGUUUGUGGAAAUUAGAAAGAGAAAAGCAAGGGAAAGUUUUGCGAAAUUUAUCGGCGUUGAUCCGAGUGAGGUGCAUGAAGAUGACAUUCCCGUGAUUGCUGUUACUGGAAGCGGCGGUGGUAUGAGAUCUAAUAUCGAUACCUUUGGCUAUGUCCGCGGAAUGAAGAAGGCAGGUUUAUGGGACUGCGUAACGUACUUUACCGGUGUUUCUGGAGCUUGUUGGGGUAUAGCAACUUACUAUACCGUAUCGUCCGGCUCCGUUGAUUCUACCAUUGAGCAAUUCAAAAGGGCAUAUUUCUUUAGGAAGGAUGAGAAGCUGGAUCCCAAAGAUUUCAAGUUGUCGUUACAAAAGAAAUUGGUCGAAACCGGGGAACAUCCCAUGCCGAUUUAUGUCGCAGUUCGUCAUGAACGACCAUGGAAAGAUGUCCAAGAAGCACAAGAGAUUGAUAAUGGUAUCGAUGAAGAUCUUGACGAGUUUGAUGAUAAAGAACACGGUAACAAGAAAUCUUGGUUUCAAUGGGUUGAAUUUACUCCAUUUGAAAUAGGCAACGAUGAAAUCGCAGCAUAUAUUCCUUCCUGGGCGUUUGGGCGUAGCUUUGACAAAGGUCAAAGUAUUGAUAAAGUCCCUGAACAAAAUUUUGGUCUGGAAUUGGGCUAUAUGACCAAUGCUCAGAGUGCUCCCACACAAAGAUACGUCCACUUGGCAGAUCGUGAAUUACCGGCAAACUGGCUUGGAAAAGAAAUACGUCAAGCCUCUACAAAUAUAGGUGAACGUUUAGGCUCACAUAGAAUUGACGAGCUCGAAAGUCAUCAUCCUAUUCACACUGGCCGUGAUCCUAAUCCAUUCCAUCUCCUACGUGAUCCACCAUAUGAGCCCGGUAUCCUAACGGCAGAUUAUCUUCGCCUGCUUGACGCUGGAAUGGAUAAUAACCAUCCAUGGUACGUCCUAACUCGCGCCAAUCGCAAUGUAGACGUAAUACUCACCGUUGACGGGAGCAAAGAGACGAUGCACAAUGACUUUUUCGAUCGUAUGGCCAAUCAAUUUCUUUCACGGCGGGGCAUCCGCUUUACUCUUCAAUCACCUCCGACUCGCCCGUCUAUUCCUCAGACUCUUACGCCCGAAUUGCGAGGUAAACCCGAUGCCAUACAUGAAACAUUUAAGGAUGCUUACGUCCAAGUGUAUCAAUGUGAACCUGUGGAUGAGCGUGGUGAGAGUGUCAUUCAGGGAAGAGACGUAAGACUCGUGUAUAUGCCCAAUCUACCGUGCAAGAAAUAUCCCGAGUUUGAUCCUAUCAACGACAAGAUCUGCGCAACUAGUAAUUUUGUGUUUAGUGAGAACGAUAUUGAUACGAUCGUUGGAUGUGCUGAAGGGUGCUGGGAGGAGAGCUUGGAAACAGUGAGAGAGACACUAAGAAGCGUAUGGGAAAGUAAAAAGAAGAAUAGGAUGGGUGGGCAGUAG